UGAAGUUUGUAGUAUAUACUACAUUUUAAUUAUUACAACCAGUACUCUCUGUAGUGUCAAAGAAAUUUUCAGUAUUGGAGUGUUACGUUGAAAACCGAGUACUAGUGCACAUUUGCUGUAGCCAUUUUCCAUGGGUAGCUAAUGAUGACAUUACACCGGACGUAAUAAAGGCAUGAAUGGAAAGUACAUGGUGUGGACUGUGUUUGGCUAGGAAUGUUUACAGACAUCAAGCUCAGGUGACCUUCAGGAGAUUCGCCGCUAGGAUGUCAGGGGACUUCACGGAUAAUAAAAACAAGUUUUAUCGAGUUGUUUUGACCGGUGGCCCCUGUGGAGGGAAGACGACAGGGCAGGCCAGGCUCAGUACAUUCUUUGAAAACCUAGGAUGGAAGGUUUUCCGGUGUCCGGAAGCUGCAAUGAUCUUCUUGAGUGGUGGCGUGACAUUUCCAGAGCUGCAGAAUGAUGAAAUCUUCAAGCUGCAGGAGAACAUCAUACGCACCAUGAUGCAGAUCGAGAACACCUACAUGGAGUUAGCCAAGUCCAUGCUGGCCAAGAGAAACGUCCUGGUGAUCUGUGAUAGAGGCGUGAUGGACGGGUCUGCCUACCUGCAUAAAGGCGACUGGGAAAAGAUGAAGCAGGUGAACGAGUGGAAUGAGAUUGACAUCCGAGACAACCGCUACAACCAGAUCAUACACAUGGUGUCGGCCGCUAAAGGUGCUGAGGACUUCUACACGGUCGCCGGACACAAGACACGCCAUGAAGAUCUCGAGGGUGCUCGGCAGAUAGACAGUAUCACAGCUAAUGCUUGGGUUGGACAUCCCUACUAUGAUGUCAUUGACAACUCGGUGGACUUUGAAACAAAACUGACAAGGAUGAUAGCAGCUGUGUGUAACAGGAUGGGUAUAGACGCGGUGGACCGACUCGCUCCUGACAGCAAGAAGAGGAAGUUCCUGGUAUCACGUCUGCCUGGAACCGAGGACUUCCCCCACCACCAGACGUUCACGGUCGUCCACGACUAUCUGGUCACCCCCAGCAGGAAGAUGCAGGCACGGCUCAGACGCAGGGGACAUGACGCUAACUGGACGUACACGCACACGAUCCGUCGGCCGGAGAUCAACAAGCAGAGCGUGGAGCUGAGGAUGCCCAUAUCGGCCAAGGAUUACGAUAUUCUGCUGGCCCAGCGUGAUGACAAGCAUGCCACGGUGUACAAGAAACGCCACUGCUUCCUGUACCAGAACCAGUACUUCCAGCUGGACGAGUACACCGAACCAUGCCCAGAAAAAUGCCAGGGGUUGAUCCUCCUCGAGACCUACACAACGUCAGCAGGACGCUUGGACGUACCCAAGUUUUUAAAAAUAGAGAAAGAGGUGACGGACGACCCCAUGUUUUCCAUGUUCAACCUGUCACUCAAGGACGAGUUCUCCAGGAACAAAAAAGAAUUGGACUUGUCUAAAGAUGAAGACGAGUGAUUGGUUUAUAUGUAAAGUGACAAGUAGUCAAAUUGGCCAGAACUUGCAAUGAAAACCUGUGAGGCUGAAACGAUACAUUAAUGCACCUGCGAUAUUAAUAGUAUCCUACACGAUAUGCCCUUGUUGGUAGUCCUGUUUAGCAUAGUAAUCAGUGUUAAUGUCAUUCUUAAAUUGGUUUGAUAUCUUGAGCGGUAGGAAACCGUUUAGAUCAAUAAACGAACGUAGACCAUAUUGCCGCGCUGACCAAAACACAAUUUGAUAUGGGGAAGUGUUGGUGUGGAUGUUACAGACAGGAAGACAGGAUGAUAGGAGAUAAAGGCCACCGUAUUUCCGCUGUAGGAAGUAACUUGACAUCUGUAUAAAUUAAAGUUUCUGGUGACUGAUAGGCCAGAAUGUAUUUAUUUUUUUAGGUUUUCAGAUUUUUGGCCCAAAAAUUCAGCUUGUUAAAUCGAUGAAAAAGAAUUUAAAAAAUCCAAGUAUUUUUUUUAAUUUCCUUGAAUUGUAGUUUUUGUGAUUUCCUCAAAAUGAUGAGUAAGUAUGAAAAAAAAAUAGGGUCAGGAAGUAUAGGGAAAGAAACAAGUUUAGAGUUACCUCCCUUCCUUUAAAGACCUUUAUUGAUACUUCAUAAUAUGUUGUGUUUGGAAGUUUUAAUCAUAAAACAAGUUUUAAUCAUAAUAUUUUAAAUAAUUUAUAUUGAUAGUGAUAGUAAAUGAGUGACAGUAACAUUUUAUUUUUUUCUGGUUGGCAGAUUAAAGAAGACUGCUUUUCAAUUUUUUUAUAUGUUUCACAUUUCAAUUUUUUUUAGUCAUCUUGAAAAAUUUGAAAAAACGUCUGGCCUUGUUGAAAACUUCCAGCUCUUAAACUGUUGAAGUUUAGGUGACUAAUUGGCCUGUUUUUGGAUUAUUAAAAAAAAGUCAGAAAACAGGUUUUUAACUUUGAAAAGUGCUCGAGUUUUGAGGUCGGUAAUGAGGAUGAACCCAGACAUAGAGCGGUGAACAAAGCAGGGCUUGAUUUAAGGAACUUGAUCUAACUUGCACUGGGUGCAUAUUGACAUUAAAACCUGUUGCACCAAACAAAACCAGGUUGCAAAUUGGCAGCAUGAAUUUAUCAAAGUUACAACAUAGGACGAUCUGAUGCCACGGUCACAUAAAUUACUGACAUAUUGGCGUGAAAAGUAACCACAACCUGUACCUAACCUUGGAUGGAGUACCCACAGUGUGAUGACCUCAAGGCUAAGAAAGCAUGACAUGACAUGACAUGACAUGACAUGACAUGACAUGACAUGACAUGGUGUAGUAUGAUUAAUAAACUUUAAAGGUAAAGCGUGUUCAAAGAUCCAUAUUGUGUUGACAGUAGUAAGGUUUAGUGAGACAAAAAAAGUUUGACAUGCACUUGUGCAUGUAGACAAAAUCAUUAGUCUAAAAAAAAUAAUAGUCUUGGUUCUGAGGCACUGAGGCGUCGUCAUAAAUUCUGACGUAUGUUUCGUUCUUAUUUCCAUUUUUUUUUUUAAAAUAAAAAAUCCUAGUACUUUAAAACAAUGCAAUCCAUUAUAUCGCACACAGUUACUUCCCUUUACAUGGCCACUGCUUUACUGUGCAUCUCGUGUUAUGGUCAUGGCAGCAAAAGGAGUUUGUAUGCUUCUUGAUGUAAUGAUUCCCAUUCCCAGUUAAAUGGUACAUCAGUUUAUUUAGGUAUAUACUAGUUUGAACAAGCAGAAAAAAAAAUCACCGCCUGCUGCACUAUGUUUUCAAAAGACAUUGCCUGAGAACCAAUUCUUGUAUUAUUUAAGCUUUAGGGUGCAUUUUUCAAUGAUAAGUUGCACUUGUGCAUGUUUUCCACAGUAUCCUGAUACAUUUAUAACGUGAUACAUAUAUAUCGUGAUACAUAUAUAUUGUUACUUUAGUGUAUCAUUUCAGUCUGUGUUUGCUGAGAGGUUGAUUUUGUGACAAUCAAUUUGAUUGGUUGAUUGAAGUCACAUGGCCUACAUCAUAUUUAAUGUGAGUGUGUUUUGUUACAGAAUGUAUUUUGUUCAUGUAUGGGCUUAAAUUUGAAGAAAAAGAUUGGAAGUGAGGUGUUAAGAAAAUGUUACAUUCCUAAAUAUGCCGAUGAUAUCAAAACAAAUCUACUGUCAUGUGUUCACGAUACUGUAUUUACUGAAUAAGGAAACGUGUCAUGAAAUACUAUCGUUAGGCGUAAACAAAUGAUUACCGCAUAUUGCUGUCUGUAAGACCAUGCUGCAUUUAAUACCACACCCCCUCCCCUUUAGACACCUUCCAAAUCAAUGCUGCUUUAUCAACCAAAACUGGCUCCCACAGGAGAUAUUGCUUGUGUGAGAUGAAGCGAUAUCUUCAUUGUAGAUAUCACUGCAAUGAAAUUGCAUCACAAUGCUUUGCAGACCAUUGUGACGUCAUUCACACUCACUCAGGUGAGAUUCUCUCUUUAUAUACCAUCCAUGCAGCAAUCAGGAACAAUGGACACCGUCAGCGCAUUCAAUGUUUCAAUAAAAAAUGUUUGACAUUGUAACAAUAGCGCAUGGCACCAUUUUGUUGACAGUGCAGCUUUAAGUAACUCAUUACCUCCCUUUAUUUAUCGUACCUUGCGUUUUGCAUUUGUUUUCCAGCGGAGUGAAAAACAUUAGCAAGCUUACAAUAUUUCAAUAAAAAUAUGUCUUUGUUUUUAUUUCGAUGCUUCAUUGCAUGAAUAAUUCCAGUACAUGGCACCAUUUUGUUGAACUCUACGGUGGGACUCCAAGAUGCCUGUAAAUUAGAAUGAAUAGAGGCCAAGGGUUUGAUCCUCAGUGAAACGAUGGUCUUCUGUUAUUAACUAACCGAUUAACUCUGGUCAACUUUAAUUUACUAAACUUGCAUUAAUAUAGACAGCGAUAUACGGUAUUGAUUUGUCUCAUAUUUUAAAUGUAUUUAUUUUCUAUGAAAAAUUUAAAAUAAUAAUAAUAUUGUUUAAUUUCUCCUGGAUAAUGUAUGGCUUAUAUUCUUAUUGUCCCAGAUGAUGUUCAACAAUGCAUUUAUUCAUGAAAAAACAUUACAUUUUCACAAUUAUAUUUUGCUUUUUUCUAUAUGAGCCAUUGCUAGGGGGUCUUUUUACCCUUAGUGGGACAAAGGAGUAUAUUAAUGAUCCAAACUAAACAUAUACUUGUCAUGUACAUAAAUAAUUUUAAAUGGAAUAUUUUUCUGAUUUAAGGGGAUAUUUUAAUACAGUUUGAAAUGAAGUUUUUAAAACAAUUUCAAUUCCGGACUCUCAGGAUAAAAGCUAUUUCUACUUUUAUAUUCACCAAUAUUUCUUUUCUGUCGGACAUGUUGACAGCCCCAGUUCACCAUUGCCAGUUUAAGGCUGGAAACUGUCAAGGAAUUUUAACAACUGACGCUGCUUCCAGACAAUAUUUGUACAUAGUGUGAGAAUCUCAAUGUUCUUGAUCUGUGAGAAAUAAACUAGUACAGUAUUUGCCGUGAUUAGCGCCCAGUUCAGUAAAGUCCCCUGAACCAACUUCUAAAGUUCAGUCUGCUAGUGCUUUAUAAGCACCCUUACUAAGACUAUGGCAGCCUCUAUGUCCUUGUCUGUAACACAUGAUUCUUGCAAAUCCUCUACCUCUAUUGCAUCUUUGCCAUAAAUCCUGUAUUUUUUGCUUCAGUCACACUAACUAAAUUUUCAGAUUUUCACCAGACGUCCUCUUCACUGUCAAUCACACAAUUUGUUGUUCCAGAAUAGCACUAUAGCAACCCAAGCUGUGAUGUGCGUAAUAGCGGGAAACCUCACUUCUUUCCUGUGUGUGCUGGAGUCAACACCUAUUGUUAUAGUUGUAACGAUCUAGCACUUGGUUGCAGUCAUAUUAAUCUGAGAUUUUUCUUAUUUUUAUAGACAAUACAGAUCCUAUGCAGUAUUGUCAUACAGAACCUAUGGGGUCUUCAGCAACUCAUGCUUGCCCUGAAAGGCGACUAUGCUUGUCGUACGGGUGAUCAGGCUCGCUGACUUGGUUGAUGCAUGUCAUCGAUCCUAUUGCGUGGAUCGAUGCUCAUGAUGUCAAUAACUGGUUUGUCUGGUCCAGACUCGAUUAUUUACAGACCACCGUCAUAUUGCUGAGUGCGGCGUUAAACAACAAACAAACAAAACCCGAACCUAUGCUUACCCUAAUGGAAAUACAGUUACCGUUAUUAACGUUGCUAUUGUUUUCAUUAACAUGUUAACUGUUUGCUCCUCAUCACAAGCUAUUUUAUCAUACCUCCAUGUCAGAAUGAUGAGAUCUGAUUGGUUAACGUGAUCUUGAUAAAGUACUAUGUGGCCCGCCUUGGAGGGAAAUAAACUUCUCCAAGGGAGAAUAAAUCUCUUAUACCCCGCCACAAGCAAGACAGGCUGCACGUGGAUUUCUGAGAGGCAGAAUAAAUCCCUAUACCCUGCUUCGAAGCAAAAAGCCACACGCUUUUUACGAGUCGAUGAAAGUCACGUGACAGCACAAGUUCACCGCAAUCGAACCACUUUGUUUUAAUUCUUUUUGCAAUGUCAUAUUAAAAAAAUUGUUGAACAGGAUCACAAGGGGUACAUGGGUUUUAGGUUUUAUUCCAUGAGCCGGAGGCAACAACUUAUCGUGCAUGGUUUUAAUAAGCACCCCCUCCCUUUGUGAAGUUUUAUAGGUGAAUACAGCAUUCACAGUAUUAUGGGAGUGUUUUCUAAUGCUGUUCUCCUUGAACAAGUCUGUCUCUUUUGAUUGCAAUGUCUAUACCAUUUAAAUGUAAUAACUGAACAAAGGUCAAGGUCGGUGAACUUUAAUGUGUUUGUGUGUUAGCAAUGUAAUGACAGACCGCCAUUGCCAAAACCGCUGACCAUAGUCAUAAUUUAAAAUGUAAUUCUGAGGUUCUCAGGAAAAUAUUUUUUUCAAAUGUUACCUUAGUUUGUGUCGAGUCAGAUAAAACAUGCUUGUUUUGAUUAUGGACGUCAGUGGAUCAGAUAUUUUAUACCUGAGUACCUUUUGUAGCCCCGAACGUUUUCAUGAUUUGCAUAUCAUGUAGAGGCAGCUUCACUGUAACUGAUUACCUCCCUUUGUUUAUUUAUCGUAUGUAGCGUUUUGCUUUGUUUUGUUCAGCUGAUUGUUAUAUAGCUUAAUGUGAAGCUUUUUGUGCCAUGUAAUGUAAGCACAUUUAUUAUACUAUUCAAAAGAAGUUAAGGACCAUCCAGUUUUUUUCAUAUUACCCAAGUUAAUCUGUCAUCUGAUGCCCCAUAAUAGAUGAAGUAAUGUGGUCCUUAACUUCUUUUGAGUAGUAUAUGAAUGAUGAGUGAAGCCAAUUGGUCCAACUAUUACUCCUGAUUGCUGCCUGAUUGGUUAAUAUUACGAAAAUUAUAAAUAUUUCACACUAAUGUUGUCUGUGCCUUGGAGAAGAUCUAGACUGCAAUCGAUGUGGCUCCGCUUGCCUUGUAGACUCUGUAUAAGAGUUAUAUAUUCUGGAUAGGUUUGUAUCAAGCGAGGGGCGGUCGGGUAGCCUAGUGGUUAAAGCGUUCGCUCGUCACGCCGAAGACCCGGGUUCAAAUCCCGACAUGGGAACAAUGUUUGAAGCCCAUUGCUGGAAUAUUGCUUAAAGCGGCGUAAAACCAAACUCACUCACUCACUCAUUGUAUCAAGCCAGCUUGAUCUUUGUCAUGCUUGAGAAACAAAAUGUGCAGGAACUGUGUCACCAGAAAAGUGUCAGCUAUGUUUCACUUGAUUUCUCUGAAAAGAACUUCACUGUACAUUUAUUUCUGAGGGCAUGUAUUAUGUUCAGUGUAUUAUAAGUUUUAUGAUUUUUCUUCGUUUCUUCAUGAGUAAUUUGGAAUAUUGCUGAGUGCGGCAUUAAACAAGAAACAUGCUCCAUAUAACAUUUGGGUCUCUGAAUGUAUCAGGUGAGCUACAGUGACUAUUUGCUGUUUUUUUACAUUUAAAUUGGACUAGAGCCCUUCAUACAUUGUUAAGAAAUAAUAAAAUCUUGUCAUA